GAUGGUUCUUUGGAAAUAGGAAGCUCCUCAAUAGAGAUGGUUUACCGGCAGCUGUUGUUCCAUUGGCUGGAUUUGAACUCAGAUGCUCUUCUCCCACCUCAUUCAGACUACCGUGCGCGAAAUCUUUCUUAUCUUCGAGAACUCAAGACACCGUGAACUCCCACACCUUCACUGUUCCAUUGUCCCAGCUCGAGUGCAGACAAAACAUUCCCUACAACCGAUUCUUACUUGAAUUCAACUCCACAAUCACUGCCAUCAUCAAGACUAGCUGGCUGCAAGUGUAGGCUUCUUGGUAUCAGCUGAUCUUCUUCCCAUGGAGUAUUUGGCCGGCCAUAUCGUCGCGGUGCCAUACCCCGGCAGAGGCCACAUCAAUCCCAUGAUGAACGUGUGCAGGCUUCUUGCCUCCAGAGGCAUCCUUGUCACCUUCAUUGUCACUGAAGAGUGGCUCGGUCUCCUCUCCUCGGAUCCCAAGCCACCAAACCUACACCUGCAGUCCAUCCCGAAUGUCCUCCCCUCCGAGACCAGUCGCGGAGCCAAUUACAAGGAAUUCUUUGAAGCUGUAUACACCAAGAUGGAAGCUCCCUUUGAGCAGGUCCUCGAUGGGCUUCAACGUCCGAUCACCGGCAUUUUGGCUGAUUUCUUUCUCUAUUGGGUAGUUGCUGUGGGUUGCAGGAGGCAGAUUAAGGUGUUUUCCUUGUGUGCUCCGGCGGUAUCGUGGUUUGCCAUCCAGUAUCACUUCGACUUACUAGCGUCCAAUGGGCACCUGCCGGCAGAUAUAGCAGAAAGAGGAGAUGAGCGUGUGGACUGCAUCCCAGGCAUCUCUACCCGAAUAUCAGAUCUUCCUACAAAUUGUUUUUCCACAUAUUCUACACCCAUAGUACUAGAAGCAGUCUCAUGGGUAACCAAAGCACAAUGUCUUCUGUUCAGCUCCUUCUAUGAGCUUGAGCCUGACCUCGUUGACCACUUGAAAGAAAACCUCCCAAUUCCGAUCUACCCAGUUGGGCCAUCCAUUCCUUACAUGAUAGCUCAAGAGAUGCCAAUGAAAUCCAUGUACCACAAUCAAGAAGCAAACCACUACAUGGCUUGGCUGGAUUCUCAACCAAGGAGCUCGGUGCUCUAUAUCUCAUUGGGCAGUUUCCUCCCAGUCUCUGGACAACAAAUGGAUGAGAUUCGAAUGGGGAUUCAAGCUAGCGGAGUUCGCUAUCUUUGGGUUCUAAGAGAGAACUCUUCCAAGGUCAGCAUCAAGAGUGAUGACAUGGGCUGGAUCAUUCCUUGGUGUGAACAACUAAAGGUCUUGUGCGAUCCUUCUGUUGGAGGUUUCUUAACGCACGGUGGAUGGAAUUCUACAUUAGAGGGUGUGUAUGCUGGUGUACCGAUGCUUGCAUUCCCCUUAUCACUGGACCAGUUUCAUAAUAGCAAGCUCAUAGCAGAAGACUGGAACAUUGGGUUGAGGAUAAAGAAGCAAGCAGGAGAAGAAAAUGUGGUCAAAAGAGAAGUCAUCACCAAGUUUGUGCAGAUGCUGAUGGAUACAGAUGGAAAUAAAAGCAAAGAGAUGAGAGUGAAAGCUAAGAAUCUUCAGGUGAAAUGUCAUGCAGCAUUAGGAGAUGGUGGAUCAUCAUUUGCCAAUCUAAAUGCCUUCGUCAAGGAUAUGAUAGGUUAUGGUGAUUGUUCCUCUUUGUAGUUCUAACUAUAAGGAUGAUGAACGAGCAUGGGCAUAUAAGACCCUCUUAGUUCUCAAAAAUCUAUAGCAGAUGAGAAAAAGGUAGUGCUUGGAUUGAAACUUGAGAAGCACAACUAAUGUUUUCAUCAAUAUGUGAGGACUUCUUCUGUCAUUAUGGCCUUCGUAAUGUUUUGCUUCUGAUCAAUAUAUGUGAGGUCUUCAUUUUUA